UAGCAAAAUAUAUAUAUUUUUAUAUACACCAAAAUUAAAUACAAAUAAAUAAAAUACACGAAUGUCAUUCUCCUAGAGAUACAAAGUAUGCAUAUUCAAUUUAGAUUACUGUUACGCUAAAUAAACCGUGUACACAGCUUGCUGGUAUUAUGCAGUUUGUAUAUCAGUAACAGGGAGGGGGUAGACGUAUCUAAUGAUAAUAAUUUGAAGUGACUGGUGCUGUGUGUGGAAAGUUUCCGCCUCGCUGUAUACCGGUGUGACUAUUUAAAAUCUCACGGACUCCACAGACACAACCGCAGCCACUGCAAUUUUUGCCAUUUUUUAAAAACACAGUGGAGACGAAAAACUGGUAACUAGGCUGCACCGCUACUAACUAGUCGUGUUCAAAAUGAUGGGAUGGGAUUGCCAUGGCAACAGACCGCACGUCACAAUCUGGGCAUGUGUGUUCCAUUUUUGUCUCUUUAUUUUCAGACUGGAGGAUUUGAGAGAGAGAGAGCCAGCGAGAGAGAGAGAGAGAGGAGAGCGGGUUUUUUUACGCUCCUUAAAAAAAAAAAAAAAAGAAAAAAAAGGCAGCCAUCUUUCUUAAAAAAAACCUCACCCUCUCUCUUGCCAACACAAUUGUGUGCAUGCAGUUCAAAAACCCGGCGAGGCUGGCAUUCCCGAGGAUAAGUUUCAAUACUUUAGAGAUAUAUAUUAUCGAAUGGUGUAUCAUAUGCGGUGAAGAUGCCGGGGUCAGUGAGUAACGAAGGCGAAAGGCAAGACGAGAUGGAUUUUGGGGACGAUAUGCCAGACGAGGAGGAGGAGGAGGAGGAUGAAGCAGAGCCGGCGCCAGUGCCCCUCGCUGCUCUCCAGGGAUUCUUCAGAGAGGACGACCCAGUCAAACAGCAGCCCAAGAAGAAGAAGCCGUGCAAACCCAAGCAGGGCAAAACCACCCAGCUGAGCAAGAGGAAGAAGGAGGGGGGCGGUAGUGAGGAGGAGGCGGCGCCCAUGUGUCUGAAAGAGCUGGAGGGGGACAGGUCGGAGAGCGAGGGCAGUGACUACUCCCCCAUCAAGAAGAAGAAGAAACCCAGGGAGAAGAAGGAGAAGAAGACCAGGCGGAAAAAGAAAGACGAGGAGGAGGAGGAGGAGGAGGAAGAGGAGGAUGUGGGGCUCAAGGAGCCCAAGUCCUCUGCUCAGCUGAUGGAGGAGUGGGGGCUGGAGAACGUGGACUAUGCCUUCACAGAGGAGGACUACCACACUUUGACAAACUACAAAGCUUUCAGCCAGUUCCUGAGGCCUCUCAUUGCCAAGAAGAACCCCAAGAUCCCCAUGUCUAAGAUGAUGACGGUCCUGGGUGCGAAGUGGCGCGAGUUCAGCAGCAACAACCCGUUCAAGGGCCUGUCUGCCGCUGCUGCCGCCGCGGCCGUGGCUGCUGCCGUGGAAACCGUGGCUGUGUCCCCGCCCGUCCCUCAGCCCGCGCAGCCUGGAGCAGUCAGGAAAGCCAAGACCAAAGAAGGGAAAGGCCCGGGGGCGAGAAAGAAAAGUAAAAACACGAAGGAAGCCAAAAAGAAAGGCAAGGGCAAGAAGAUGAAAAUCAGACUGGGCGGGUUCGGGAGCAAGAGGAAAAAGAGCUCCUCGAGCGAGGAGGAUGAGCGGGAGGAGUCUGAUUUCGACGAGGGCAGCAUCCACAGCACCUCGGUGCGCUCCGAGGCCUCCCUGCAGCAGAAGAGGAAGGGGCGCAAGGGCCAGCAGAAAAAAAAGAAGAUUGAAGAAGGGGACGGUUACGAGACGGAUCACCAGGAUUACUGCGAGGUGUGCCAGCAGGGCGGAGAGAUCAUCCUGUGCGACACCUGUCCUCGAGCCUACCACCUGGUGUGCCUGGAUCCCGAGCUGGAGAAGGCUCCUGAGGGGAAGUGGAGCUGCCCGCACUGCGAGAAGGAAGGGAUCCAGUGGGAGCCCAAGGAGGAAGAGGAGGAAGAGGAGGAGAUGGGGGAGGAGGAAGAGGACGACCACUUGGAGUUCUGCCGGGUGUGCAAGGACGGGGGGGAGCUGCUGUGCUGCGACACCUGCCCCUCCUCCUACCACCUCCACUGCCUCAACCCGCCCCUGCCAGAGAUACCCAAUGGGGAGUGGCUGUGCCCGCGAUGCAUGUGCCCGCCCCUGAAAGGGAAGGUUCAGCGGAUCCUGCACUGGAUAUGGGGGGAGCCCCCCCUGCCCCCGGAGUGCCCCCCAGCCUCUGGAGCUCCGGAUCCCAGGGCCCCCCGGCCCCAGCCGCCCCUGAAGGGGCACCCUGAGAGGGAGCUGUAUGUCAAGUGGGCCGGGCUGUCCUACUGGCACUGCUCGUGGGUCAGUGAGCUGCAGCUGGAGCUGUACCACACGGUGAUGUAUCGCAACUACCAGCGCAAGAACGACAUGGACGAGCCCCCCCCCUACGACUACGGCUCGGAGAACGAGGAGAUGAAGAGUGAGAAGCGCAAGAGCAAGGACCCCCAGUACACCCUCAUGGAGGAGCGUUUCUAUCGCUACGGGAUCAAACCAGAGUGGAUGAUCAUUCACAGGGUCUUCAACCACAGCUUCGAUAACAAUGGAGAUGUCCACUACCUGAUCAAGUGGAGAGACUUGCCUUACGAUCAGUCCACCUGGGAGAUUGACGACUUUGACAUUCCAGAGUACAACCAUUUCAAACAAGCCUACUGGAAUCACAGGGACCUCAUGCUGGGAGAGGACAUCCGACCCCCAGGGAUCAAGAAGGGGAGGAAGAUGAAGGACGAUAAGCCCCCGGAGACGCCCAAUGUGGACCCGACAAUCAAGUUCGACAAGCAGCCGUGGUACAUCGACUCGACGGGGGGCAGCCUGCACCCCUACCAGCUGGAGGGGCUGAACUGGCUGCGUUUCUCCUGGGCGCAGGGCACCGACACCAUCCUGGCAGACGAGAUGGGGCUGGGCAAGACUGUGCAGACCAUCGUCUUCCUCUACUCGCUCUACAGAGAGGGACACUCCAAGGGGCCGUACCUGGUCAGCGCCCCGCUGUCCACCAUCAUCAACUGGGAGCGCGAGUUCGAGAUGUGGGCGCCGGACUUCUACGUGGUCACCUACACAGGGGACAAGGACAGCCGUGCGGUCAUCCGCGAGAACGAGUUCUCCUUCGAAGAGACCCCCGUCAAGAUGGGCCGCAAGGUCUUUCGCAUGAAGAAGGACACUCCGAUCAAGUUCCACGUGCUGCUCACCUCCUACGAGCUGAUCACCAUCGACCAGGCCAUCCUGGGCUCCAUCGAGUGGGCCUGCCUGGUGGUGGACGAGGCUCACCGGCUCAAGAACAACCAGUCAAAGUUCUUUCGAGUGCUAAAUGGCUACAAGAUCUACUACAAGCUGCUGCUGACUGGGACCCCCCUGCAGAAUAACCUGGAGGAGCUCUUCCACCUGCUCAACUUCCUCACCCCCGAGAGGUUCAAUAACCUAGACGGAUUCCUGGAGGAGUUCGCCGACAUCUCGAAGGAGGACCAGAUCAAGAAGCUGCACGACCUGCUGGGGCCCCACAUGCUGAGGAGGCUGAAGGCCGACGUCUUCAAGAACAUGCCGUCCAAGACGGAGCUGAUCGUGCGGGUGGAGCUGAGCCCCAUGCAGAAGAAGUACUACAAGUUCAUCCUGACGCGGAACUUCGAGGCUCUGAACUCGAAAGGGGGCGGGAACCAGGUGUCUCUCCUCAACAUCAUGAUGGACCUGAAGAAGUGCUGCAACCACCCCUACCUGUUCCCCGUCGCCGCUGUGGAGGCUCCGGUGCUCGCCAACGGCUCCUACGAUGGGAACUCGCUGGUCAGGUCGUCGGGGAAGCUCACGCUGCUCCAGACCAUGCUGAGGAAGCUGAAGGACGGAGGACACCGAGUCCUCAUCUUCUCACAGAUGACGAAGAUGCUGGACCUGCUGGAGGACUUCCUGGAGUACGAGGGGUACAAGUACGAGAGGAUCGACGGGGGGAUCACAGGGGGGCUGCGGCAGGAAGCCAUCGACCGCUUCAACGCUCCUGGCGCUCAGCAGUUCUGCUUCCUGCUCUCCACGCGGGCGGGGGGGCUGGGCAUCAACCUGGCGACCGCCGACACGGUCAUCAUCUACGACUCGGACUGGAACCCCCACAACGACAUCCAGGCGUUCAGCCGAGCUCACCGGAUCGGGCAGAACAAGAAGGUGAUGAUCUAUCGCUUCGUGACCCGGGCCUCGGUGGAGGAGCGCAUCACGCAGGUGGCCAAGCGCAAGAUGAUGCUGACCCACCUGGUGGUGCGGCCUGGCCUGGGCUCCAAGACCGGCUCCAUGUCCAAGCAGGAACUCGACGACAUCCUCAAGUUCGGCACGGAGGAGCUGUUCAAGGACGAUGUGGAGGGAGCCCGGGCCAACGGUGACAAUAAGGACGGAGAGGAGGGCAACGUGAUUCAUUACGAUGACAACGCCAUCUCCACACUGCUGGACCGCAGCCAGGACGCCACCGACGACACGGAGCUGCAGAACAUGAACGAGUACCUCAGCUCCUUUAAGGUGGCGCAGUACGUGGUGCGGGAGGAGGAUGGUGAGGAGGAGGUGCAGCGAGAGAUUAUCAAGCAGGAGGAGAACGUGGAUCCUGAUUACUGGGAGAAGCUGCUGAGGCAUCACUACGAGCAGCAGCAGGAAGACCUAGCCAGGAACCUGGGCAAGGGGAAGAGAGUGCGCAAGCAGGUCAACUAUAACGAUACCUCCCAGGAGGACCAAGAGUGGCAGGAUGAUCUUUCAGACAAUCAGUCCGAGUACUCCGUGGGAUCCGAAGAUGAGGAUGAAGAUUUUGAGGAGAGACCGGAAGGAGGACGCAGGCAGUCUCGCAGACAGCUCAAGAGUGACCGGGACAAACCACUCCCUCCGCUGCUGGCCAGAGUCGGGGGCAACAUUGAGGUCCUGGGGUUCAAUGCCCGGCAGCGGAAAGCCUUCCUGAAUGCCAUCAUGCGCUGGGGGAUGCCACCCCAAGAUGCCUUCAACUCCCACUGGCUGGUGAGAGACCUGCGGGGCAAGAGUGAGAAGGACUUCAGGGCCUACGUGUCCCUCUUCAUGCGACAUCUGUGUGAGCCGGGGGCUGACGGAGCCGAGACCUUCGCAGACGGGGUCCCGCGAGAGGGGCUGUCCCGCCAGCACGUCCUCACGCGCAUCGGGGUCAUGUCUCUCGUGAGGAAGAAGGUCCAGGAGUUCGAGCACAUCAACGGGAAGUACAGCACCCCUGACCUGAUUCUCGACGGAGCCGAGAUGAAGAAACUGACGGAGAGCAUCUCAUCGGACCCCAACACACCUGUACCUGCCAGCCCCGCCGCCACCCAGCCUGGUACACCUGUACCCACAGCAGAAAAGACAGAGACUCCCUCGAGACCAGCAGAGGAGAAGGAGACCCCAGAGCUGGAGGUGAAGAAACCAGCCGGGCCUGAGCAGGUCCCCAGCAGCAGCGAGUCUUCCCCCAGCUCAGAGAAGCCCCCCCCAGUGGAGGAGAGUAAGGAGCAGGUGAAGGAGGAGCGAGGGCUGGAGGAGAGUGAGAGUCCUGAACUGGCCCAGGAGGACCCUGGUACCACAGGGGAGGCUUGUAAAGAGGGAGAGAGACCCCCGGAGAAGGCAGAGAGCAACAGCGUCUCGAGCAGAGGAGAGGACAAGGACCCCCAGCCAGGAGAGGAGGUAAAGAAGGAAGAGACGCCUGAAAACCAGCAGAACGGAGAGAAAGAAGGGAAGGAGGAAGAGGAGGGGAGGAAAGACGAGAAGAACGCCAAGAUGAAGUUCAUGUUCAACAUCGCGGACGGUGGAUUCACAGAGCUGCACACGCUGUGGCAGAACGAGGAGCGAGCGGCCGUGUCGUCGGGGAAGAUCUACGAUAUCUGGCACCGGAGACACGACUACUGGCUGCUCGCCGGCAUCGUCACGCACGGCUACGCGCGCUGGCAGGACAUCCAGAACGACCCUCGCUACGUCAUCCUCAACGAGCCCUUCAAGUCCGAGGUGCACAAGGGCAACUACCUGGAGAUGAAGAACAAGUUCCUGGCGCGCCGCUUCAAGCUGCUGGAGCAGGCCCUGGUGAUUGAGGAGCAGCUCCGACGCGCUGCCUACCUCAACAUGACGCAGGACUCCAGCCACCCUGCCAUCGCUCUGAAUGCCCGCUUCGCGGAGGUGGAGUGCCUGGCUGAGAGCCACCAGCACCUGUCCAAGGAGUCCCUGGCAGGGAACAAGCCCGCCAACGCCGUCCUACACAAGGUGCUGAACCAGCUGGAGGAGCUGCUGAGCGAUAUGAAGGCGGAUGUGACGAGGCUGCCCUCUAUGCUGUCGCGGAUUCCACCCGUCGCGGCGCGCCUGCAGAUGUCCGAGCGCAGCAUCCUGAGCCGGCUGACCAACCGAGGCAACGAGCCCCCUCCCCAGCAGCCCUUCCCUCAAGGCUCUUUCAGCUGCUCUCAGAUGUACGGCAACAGCUUUGGGACAAGCUUCCGAGGGCCAGGAGCCGGGGGGAUCGUCAACUACAGCCAGAUGCCUUUAGGACCCUACGUGUCGGCCUCUACCAACGGGCCUCCAUCGAGCCACUCUGAGAAGAAGCUGAGCGAGUCUCUGAAGGACGGGGCCGCGCCGGAGCACAAAGGGGGCAAGCCCAGCGACGUGAUCUGCAUCGAAGACUAGCGAGAGAGAGGGAGGGAGGGGGAGGAAGGGAGGCAAACUAUAGCCACUGUGCAGAACAAAAAAGAGUGCUUACAGAAAAAAAAAAACUUUCUAAAGGAGAUUCCAUCAAUCUGUACAUUGUAUUGCACUUAUUUUCCUUUCUCUCCCACACACACGCACGCAUGCACACACGCACGCAUGCACACACACACACACACACAGGCAGACAAACACACACGCACGCACGCACACACACAGACACACACGCACACACACACACGCACGCACACACACAGAGCAGACUCUGGUACAGGAGUAUAGGAUUGAUUGCAGUGGCAUGUUGCGUUCUUUAUAUGGAGGUUAGGGUCACUGAAGAAGGUUUGAAUGGUUCGGACCCAGGUGAAGAGGUGGUACCGUGCCGAAGUGUUUGAUGCCUCUGCUUCUUGGACAUGGAAGGAUUUCUUUAUCUGUUGGAUGGGAAUCGUAAACGAGAGUGAAGCUGAAGUCUGUAGAGUUCUGUAAUGAAGAAUCUGUUUAAGUUUUCACCCCUCCAGCAAUUUGUUUUGCUACUCGAAGGGACUUCGGUAAAUCAGUGACUGGAACUGAAGUUUUUCUUUUUUUUUUUUUUUUUGCAAACGUGGCCACAAAGACCCUGAGCCCAUGAGCUGACAUACAGUAGAUGUCUUUCCAGGACACUCUGCGACAGCAAUGCAUCUUCAGAUCUCCCUUCAUGAGUCUCCGGAGGGACUCACGGUGUGCGUUAGGUACUGUGCAGGAAUCGAAACAGACGAUUGGUCCUCUUCCAGGAGGACAUUCCAAAAGGUUCUGGAAGUCGAUCAUUCCCAAGCUAAAAGGGUUGAACCGUCAUCAGCUCAUUGCUCCCUCAGCCAGCUCUGCUGCAAAGCCUAGGGGUGUCCGUUCUAUCCAAGGCUUGGAGAUUAAAAGCUAUUGCACAGAAACACACUUACACACACAUACACUGAGAUACACUCUCACACACACUGAGACACACACACUCACUGAGACACACGCACACACACAUACACACAUACUGAGACACACACACUGAGAGACACACACACCUCACACAUAAUUGUAUAUAAUAGAUUGCUGAGCAGCGAGUGAAGGGCAGGGGUCGAACCUGGUUUCAAAACCCUCGACUUAACCCUCGUACCCGACACCGGAGAGUACGAGGGUCCCAGGAGGCGAACAGCACUUUUUGUAUGCAAUGCAUGUUAAUAGCAAGAAGCAUUCAGCCCCUUUUCUGUGAUCUCAGACUUCCAGCCACAUCUAAAAGCAGGCUGUCUGUCUCUGUCAGCCAUGUCCUUGUUAUACUGCCAUUACAUUUCAGGCUGCCAGCUUCAGACUCACAGUAAUUCUAAGCUUACUUUGGACACGCGGCUUGAAGCUUCAUUAGCUAAUUUAAUGAGAUUUGUAAAAUAAUGAUUCUGAAGAGGAAACAGAUGUGCACUACCUUUAUUUUGCAAUAUGUGGAUAAUCAGAUGUUCUGCAGGAGAGAGACCUGCUUGUGUUCUUUCCUUUUUAUAACAAAUUGUGUGUUGACAAUUUUUUUUUUUUCAUGAGAGAAGCAUCGGUCAAAAAAAAAAAAAAAACUUUUCAUAAAACCCCCGAAAAAGAACAAAAAAGAUGUUGGAUUUUGUAAGAAUAUGUACAACUUUCACCUUGAAAGGACUGGAGGGUUAUCCUUGGAAGUUGUGCUUUAUUAGGGUUAAUGAAAAAGGUUGUGCUUGGUGUGGUUUCAGUAAAUGUUUUGUAGAAUUCCCCCCCCCCUCCCUCCCUCCCUCCAAGAAAGUGGACCUAUAGGCUGUUUGUAUGUGUAUUAAAAUGAUAAGGUAUUGAGGUCUGAAUCAACAGGCAACUGAGAAAGACACCUACCUACUGCUAGCCGGUGUGGGUCCUGAAGAGAAGAGUGCUGUCAAUAGGUGCUUGUGCUCAUCCAGGUGGAGGUCUGACUUCAGAUUGCAAAACCUCCCAUGCAGUAGCUGCGAUUCACCAGGAGCUUCACCAGGUGCUUGCUGGGUUUCUUGAGUUUGUGUAGUUUGAAAAGUACGAGGAAUAUCCUGUCUGUGGUAAGUUAUAUCAGACGGCACAGACAGCCUUUCUGUUAGUCCCUGAUUCCCAGAACGAGGGUAGAAAGGGUGGAGCGGUGGAGCUAGCCCAGUUCUGUGCAAUGCGUAGCUACAAGCCCAGGCGAGCUUCCUCGGACACCAGCGUGGGCUGUGGUCACUGUUUGAAAGCACUUUAAUAGCAGCUAUCAGAAGACUCUUGAAAGGGGAGCCCUGUGAUUGAAGUGGCAGCCACGCGCGCACGAUGUGAACCCCAGCGGAGUGUCACCACUAAGGGUUGGAUGCCAGCGGUCAGUGUUCAUCGAUGCCAUCAGUGCAGGGCAUGCAUCUGGAGCGGUCAGUGUUCAUCGAUGCCAUCAGUGCAGGGCAUGCAUCUGGAGCGGUCAGUGUUCAUCGAUGCCAUCAGUGCAAGGGCAUGCCCUCUGGAGCGGUCAGUGUUCAUCGAUGCCAUCAGUGCAGGGCAUGCCCUCUGGAGCGGUCAGUGUUCAUCGAUGCCAUCAGUGCAGGGCAUGCCCUCUGGAGCGGUCAGUGUUCAUCGAUGCCAUCCGUGCAAGGGCAUGCCCUCUGCAGUGGUCAGUGUGUUCAUCGAUGCCAUCAGUGCAAGGGCAUGCAUCUGGAGCGGUCAGUGUUCAUCGAUGCCAUCAGGGCAAGGGCAUGCCCUCUGGAGCGGUCAGUGUUCAUCGAUGCCAUCCGCGCAAGGGCAUGCCCUCUGGAGCGGUCAGUGUGUUCAUCGAUGCCAUCAGUGCAAGGGCAUGCCCUCUGGAGCGGUCAGUGUGUUCAUCGAUGCCAUCAGUGCAAGGGCAUGCCCUCUGGAGCGGUCAGUGUUCAUCGAUGCCAUCAGUGCAAGGGCAUGCCCUCUGGAGCAGUCAGUGUUUUGUCUGUGAGUGCAUUUUAUUUUAUUAUUAUUAAUAUUAUUAUUAUUGUCAUUUUUUAAAGAAUGGGACUGAUCAAGUACUUGUGCUGAUGGCUCGGAUUGUUUUAAGUGCCAGUAAAAAAUUAAAUAAAAUCAAUUACAAAUAAAUCCUCACAACACUGAAGCAUACUAGAAAGGACUACAGAAUUGCAUUGCAUUUGAUGGCUGUGCAAUAUAUAAGGAUUAUAGGCUUCAGUAUAAUAGUACAUUCGAAAGCUUUAAAAGCUACAGAAUAAAAAAAAAAAACACAAAUAGGACAAUUACAUUUUCUAGAAAU